AUGCAUUUGCAAAACAUCACUUCUGUAAAUUACAGAUCUCAGAGAAAGAUGCCGUGGGAUUUGACCCUGAACACACCGUGGGAGGUGAGCAAGAAACUGCGUGGUGAAAAACUUUUUAGCAUAGGUAUCUUGCCCCCAAUCCCGGGCAACAAAACUGAGUUGAACAAAACUGGAUUUGCAGAACUUGGUGACACAACAAAUGAUGCGUUCAAGUCAGCUGGAAUUGCUGUGAGAUCCUCCAGUGACACGAGGCUUUGGCAAGAGCGUUUGUCAUGGGAGAGGAAAGCAGCUUACAAAAAGUGGACCUCCUUGAUAGCCAAACAUUUUGGCUCUUGGGAGAUUUGCAGACAGCUGUGGGCCGGAAACAGACUGAGCAUGGCACAGGGCGGCCUCUUGGAGAGCGUGAUGGAUGCGCUUGGUAACAAGGCGACGUCAACCAUUCAUGCUCGGGUGUCGCCUUUGUUGCAGCUUGUGCAUUACUAUGAACAGUUGGGUUGCAGCUGUUUUCCAUUGACGGAACAUCUGGUAUAUGAGUACAUGAAGAGCAGUCUGCAUAGGGCUCCAUCUUUUCACAGGUCGUUGCUGCUUGCGAUCAGUUUUGCAAGUUUUCACUUUGGCUUGGAUGGGGCGAAGACAGUUUUGGCAUCAGGGCGCAUCAAAGGGUGCGCUCAGAAGCACUAUGCAGAGAAAAGGAAAUUAAUACAGAGACCUCCACUGACCGUUGAACAAGUCAUGGCACUUGAGAAGAUUGUUCUGGACGAAGGUCGGACAGACACCGAUCGCAUUGGCGCUGGGUUUUAUUUGACCUUGGUUUACGGCAGAUUGAGGUACAGUGAUGCUCAACAGGUCUCACAUCUGGCUUUGGACAUGCCGAAUGCCAGGCAAGGCUUUCUGGAAGGCGUGGCAGGCCGGACAAAGACAAGUGUGAGCCUUGAACGGAAGUGCAGGUUUUUGCCGAUUGCAAUCCCAACUUUGUGCCUCGCUGACCAACCAUGGAUUCCAGUCUGGAUGGAAUUGAGAGAAAAACAUUUUGGGGCUGCAAGAGGAGAUGAAAGAAUGCCGCUGCUCCCAAACCCUGCGGCUAGCAACAGCUGGUCGAAGAUGCCUCUGGGAGUGAGUGCUGGCAGCCAGUGGCUUCGAGCAUUGCUGAAUGGAGUUGCACACAACUCCAGCGUGCCUUUGGGGACACACAGCUGCAAGGCAACCCUCUUGAGUUGGGCAGCAAAAUGGGCCAUGCCAGAUGGCCCCAGGAGGAUCUUAGGGUAUCACUCCGAAGGAGAUUUGAUGGACGAGGAAGCAAAUUUGGAUGAUGCAAGGUCUGACGCCUCAUCGAGUUCAUCGGAUGGUUCAGACAACGAAAGUGAGAUCGACCCGGAACCGGAGGAAGCUGCAAUCAAAGAGAUUGUGGGAAAGUGGGACCCAGGACUUGAAAACCUGGGCGAUGAAGGGACCGUGCGCUAUUGCUUGGUCAGGAAAGCCUUGGCUUUUGACCAGUCGAACUUGCUGGACUUCAAGUUGAUGGAAUCCUGGACAGAGAAACUUUUGCAGAGCCGUUUGGAAGAACCUUCUCCAGGCUUUGCCCGAACGACGAUGAAGCAAUUGGAGUUAGCAGAUAGGAAGCUGUUUUGCAUACUGGCCGAGAAAACGAGAGAAGGGAUCAAGAGCACAACCACGGGGAGGCCCUUGGAUGCAGUUUUCAAAGAUUGCACUGAGUUAUCAGAAGUACUUGCGCUGCUUCAACCUCGACCGAGCAGCAUGUCAGCGCAGCCAGAAAGAACCAGAGAGGCAAACAGCAACGCAGGUGAACCACCAGCCAAGAGACCCAGGCAUGAGGGUGGAAAGGGCAAAGGAAAAAGCAAGGGGAACAAUGGAGCUUUUGUCAGAAUGCCACAUGAUCUCUUGAAGUUGAGUUGCGUUGCAGCGACCCCCAAAAAGCACAGGAUUUGCUUUUCUUACAAUUUGAAGAAGUGUGAUGUGAAUGGGCAGGUUAGGGCUAUGACAGCGACAACAAGGGAGGCGGAAUAUCCGCUACAGAUGUGCCAACAGUGUGCAAGCAUACUUGAAGGUUUUAUGGACAACACCUUACUGCAGACGAAGACUGACAGGAUGUUGCCACAGGUUCAGCCAAAAGGCAGGAAGACACCUCAAUCCUGCCGGCAGCAAACUCUUGAGAGCUGA